AUGGCAUCGACUUCAGCUGGACAAAUUGUUGCAAAAACCGACUCAAAUGCGAGUUCAACUCAUCGGGAUCGUGAACGUGAUCUCAAACAAUUCACCGAACGUUUUGUGAAAAGUGUUCAAUUCCCAGUGUCGGAAAGGCUGACUGUCGAUCAAGUUUAUGAUCGGCGGACAGGAAAACCGAGGCAUAGUGUGCUUCGCGAUCAUUUCAUCAAAGAAGGUCGGAUAGAAGAGGAGGCGGCGAUUCGAGUGAUUCAAGAAUGCACGUCGAUUUUUCGAUCAGAAAGAACAAUGUUAGAUAUUGAGGCGCCUGUCACUGUUUGCGGUGAUAUUCACGGACAAUUUUAUGAUCUCAUGAAAUUGUUUGAAGUCGGCGGUUCGCCGGCCACAACUAAAUAUUUAUUUUUGGGUGAUUAUGUUGAUCGAGGAUAUUUUUCCAUUGAAUGCGUCUUGUAUUUAUGGGCCCUCAAAAUUUCCUAUCCAAAUACACUUUUCCUAUUGCGCGGUAAUCAUGAAUGUCGACAUUUGACCGAAUACUUCACUUUUAAACAAGAAUGUGAGUCUUUUUUUGGGGGGGGGGUUAGAAAGUGUAUGAUACUGAAAAUUAAGAUUCUAGAAUCAUGUUUCAAAGCCGAUUUCCCCCUGGGCCCAAAAAAGCUCCUUGAUUGUUUCUCAAGGCUUGGCUACUCGAAAAUUAGGUUUUCCAGGAGCAGCUACUAAACAAGUAGACUUUCUAGGCUCGGCUACUUGUCAUAAAUAAUUUCAAGGCGCUGGUCCUAGACAACCAGGUUCUCUAGGCUCGGCUAUUUGACACCUAACUUUUCGGAAGUUGAAAAAAUAUGACCAAUUUUUUGAAAUAAGAGCUGUUCAUGUGACUAGAAACCUUCUUUCAACUAAAAAAAGUAAGAAACCCCUCCAAAACCUUUUCCGAAUUUCCAGGUAAAAUCAAAUACUCUGAAAAAGUCUACGAUGUAUGUAUGGAAUCAUUCGAUGCCUUACCACUCGCCGCUCUUAUGAAUCAACAAUUCCUCUGUGUUCACGGUGGUUUAUCGCCGGAAAUUCACACUUUAGAUGAUAUCAAAAAAUUGGAUCGUUUCAAAGAGCCACCGGCAUUCGGUCCAAUGUGUGAUCUAUUAUGGUCGGAUCCAUUGGAGGAUUUCGGAAGUGAGAGGAAUUCCGAGCAAUUUAGUCACAAUUCAGUUAGAGGAUGCUCGUAUUUCUAUAGUUAUGCGGCGUGUUGCGAUUUUCUUCAACACAAUAAUUUAUUGUCAAUUAUUCGUGCUCAUGAAGCUCAGGACGCUGGGUAAGUUCGGAAAAUGAAGGUUCCGCGUAAGCGAGGCGGGAAAGUCUAGAAAGUUAGGGUAACUUCGCGGCUGCGCGGAUGCUUGCGGAAAAAUACCAAAUUCUAAAAUGUAACCAAAUAACUUUUUUACAGCUACCGAAUGUAUCGAAAAUCGCAAGCCACCGGUUUCCCAUCGCUGAUCACAAUUUUCAGCGCGCCAAACUAUUUAGAUGUGUAUAAUAAUAAGGCGGCAAUUCUAAAGUAUGAGAAUAAUGUGAUGAAUAUUCGACAGUUCAAUUGUAGUCCGCAUCCCUAUUGGUUGCCCAAUUUUAUGGAUGUUUUCACAUGGUCACUGCCAUUUGUUGGAGAAAAAGGUGAGAUAUUUUGAGAAAAAGGGAAAGGGAGAUCUCUGAUGAACUUUCGAUACAGGAAAUUGAAUUUCAACAAAUUCGAUAAGCUGUGUUUUGCUGGAAAAUGACAUUUAUGUAUGUUAGAUCGAAUUAUGAGGAAAAAAUGAGCAAACUUUAGUUCGGAAGUUGAUAGAUAAAAUAUAGAUUUUUGAAUUUAGGGGACGAAAAGCAGAGUAAUCAUACCACUCAAAUGAACUAUAGUCUAGUUUUAGGCUCUCUAGGCUCGAUCACUUGAGAAGUAUGUUUCCUAGGCGCUGAUCCUUGACAAAAAGGCACUCUAGGCUUGGUUACUUAGCAUAGAAGUUUUCAAGGCUCGGAUUCUUGGCUAGUUGGAUCACUAGGUGCGACCACUUGACAGCUAGAAUUUCUAGGCUCGACAACUUGACACAUGUAGAAGCUCUCAAGGCGCGGCUACUUGUCGGAAUUUUCUGGCCAAAAAAAUGGGGAAACUUUGAAACAUCGUAAAAAAAUCGAAUUUUUUUGACGAAAAAAAGAAGAUCAGGGUUUUCAAUCUAAAUUUUGCAGUCACCGAAAUGCUAGUCCACAUUCUCAACAUUUGCUCAGACGACGAAUUGAUGGCAGAAUGCGACGACACUUUCGAAGGUAAGUAUUGUGACUGACAACUAAAUGUGAUAUUCCAAUUCAAAAAAAAAAGUUCCAUUUGAUCGUUGUCGAAAAACAAUAUCUAACCCGCUUUCUUCCAAACCGAAUCCAAUAUUCAAUGUUGUUUCCGAUUUUUGGCGCAUGAUCGAAAUUCAAAAAAGUUCAGAUUCAAAUUCAUUUCAAAAAGUUUCUAGUCAGACUUCUAAGCUCGCCACAAAUUCAGUUCAUUUUAUGAUUUGAUGAUUAUGACUUGAAAAGUAGAUCACGUUGUGUGUUGUAUCUUUCUCUCGCCUCUCUCUCUCUCUCUCUUUUCUCUCUGUGUUUUCAAUAUAUUUUUUUAUCAUUUUUGUGAUCGAUUUUUCGCACACACCAAGAAGAGCUAGAGGAGAUACAACACCAAAGAAAAAUAGGUUCAAAGAAAAAAAAUGAGACAACUGAAAAAAUAUAUAUUUUUGCUGUGGGCGAGAGCAAUAUGUUUUAACAGCACGCGCUGGGGGUUUCAGAUUCAGAUUCAGAAAAAAUUAAAGGCGGUCAGACAGUUAUUGAUUUUCACCGGGACUAUCGAAGCCUCUAACUGACACAAAUUUGGAAUUCAGAAAUUUUUGCCACGUGGAUUUUUUACGCAAAAAUCCUAAAUAAUUCAAUUACACAAAGUUUAAAUCCUACGGAAUUUGUUGAGGCUCCGAGGGAACCCGGAAUAAAUGUCUAGCCGUCUUUAAAUUUCAAAAUAUUCUCAAAUUUUCAAAAUCCAAAAUUCAAAUUUUAAGGAGCCGAUGGUAAGUGGAUCCCAAUAAUAAAUGGUCACGUAUGUUUGUUCCACCAGCAAAACGAAAUUCUAUCUUUUUAUUUUAAAAAACAGGCUUUUUGUUUUUUUUUCUUCGGGCAAACUUUUUUUUGGUGUUGGCCUAGCUUUUAUUAUUAUUUACUUUUUGACACACACAAAUCUAACCUUUUUUGUUGGCUGUGCUCUGCAAAUCGCUUAUGUUCUAGCUAGCUUUUCAUUUAAUUUUUGAAAAUCAUUUUCAUUUUUAUUUUGCAUGACUUUGGGUUCAACAAAUCAAUAAUUCAUCAUACCAAUUUUUCUCCACAUCACCCACUUCAAUUUGAUUUACAUUUUACUCAUUUCACUUAUCAUUUCAGUUUGUCCCUUUUCAUAGGACCCCUAGGAGAAUCGGGUUAUCCUAAUUCGAAAUUUCAAAAAAUCGAUAAUUACAGGUGGUGUUCCAUCGGCACGAAAAGAGGUUAUUCGACACAAAAUACGGGCAAUUGGAAAAAUGGCAAGAGCAUUCUCCGUACUUCGGUGAGUUUUUGAAAAAGGGCAUUUUUGAGUGCGGUGAAAAUUUGGAACAGUGAAAUUUUUUGGGGUCAAAAUUUCGAGAAUGAAAUUUGAAAAAAUCCGAAAGCCUGAUGUCUCUAUUUAAAAAUUUCGAGAAUAUCUUGAUUUUUAAAGAUUGUUGGAAUGUUAGAGAUACAUAGGAGCACAAUUAGAAUCAGACAACUAGAGUGUGAGAGAAAAUAGGAUAGAGACGCAGGAAUCACACAUAGGUUAACCAAUUUUUCCUAAAUUUCAAAAGCCAACAAUUGGUGAGAUUCUUCGAGACCCAGAGAAAAAACAGUGAGAAUCAGACAACUAGAGUAGGAGACAACAUAGGUUAGAGACGCAGAGUAUUCUAGCUUAGACACCUCGAGUUCUAUAAAAGCCUACGGAUGAAGAAAAUAUUGUGAGAUUAUUCGAGAAAAAAGAUCGUUAAUAGACCAGAAUUAGACGACGAGAGUAUGAAUAUUGCUAGAGACGCAGAGUGGUUUCUAGUCGCUGAUCUUUGACAAUUGAUAUGUCUAGGCUUAGAUGCUUGACAUAGAAACCCUUAAGGCGCGACUGCUUGCGAUAGUGAAUCUCUAGGCGUGAGCCCUUGACAAUUUAGGCACACAGCCUCUAAAGACGUUCAUGAGUCAAAAACUCCCUUGAAAUUAAAAAUUUAAAGCUUGUCAGAUUUCUAGAGACACUGAAAAUUCACUGUUCCAGCGAAAAAACAGCACGGUGUUUUCCAAAAAUCAUUAAUUCCACGGUUUUCAAAACUAACCCUUUAUGUUUCUGUUAUUUUUAGCGAGGAAUCCGAAUCGGUUUUGGCACUCAAAGGUCUCACACCAACUGGUGCACUUCCAGUUGGAACUCUUCAAGAAGGUGUGAAAGGAGUUCGCGAAGGUUUGUUCUUUUUUUCUGGAGAAGAUAAUAAAAAAACUUUGUGAAAAAUCAACAAAACAAGCAACAUUGUCCGGUCCUCUGAAUCAACGAGUGUGGUUUUUUUCUUUUGCUCAACUUCUUAACCUAGUUUGACACUGAAACUGAAACUUUUUAAAAAGUUGAAUUUAGACAUGAAAGUGAGGCAGUUGUGCAGUUGAAAGGCCUGAAUCCGGGCGGAAAAUUACCGCAAGGAGUGCUGGCGGAAGGCAGGACCGGACUUGUUGCUUGUAAGUUUGUUGUUCGGAGCGGAACGCGGAAAAGGGGCUACGGGAAAUUAGGUGAUCAUUGAACAAUUUGUACUUCACUUCCUGAUCUAUUUAGAUUUUCACCGGAAACACCCGAAAUACUUUUCUGACGUAAAAAAACCUCGGUUUUUUUUCGACAGAAGAAAUUCUGGACACCGCAAGAGACCUUAGACUCUUAUAAUAGUACAGAUUUCUCAAACAUCCAAAAUUUCUCACCAAUCAAUUAAUCUCCCCAUAUUUGCAGCCUUAUCCGGCGUUCAACCUGGCCACCAAAUCCAAUCAUUCGAAGAAGCAAAACGUUUGGAUAUGAUGAACGAGCGAAUGCCACCAACAAUGGCCACUCCACCAGGCCAAUCACCAAGUCAAUCACCUCUUCCAUCUCGCCAAACAACACCACAACCACCCAAAAAUGGUCCGACAUCAUCCUAA